AAGGAGGGCGUGAUGGAAGUUUACGCUCUCGCAUGAAAAAAAAAAACAGAAGCUAGCGGAUUAUAAUGUUCGUAUUUACACUCGUGUCGCUCAAGCGGAAUGAGAAUCGUUUUUAGUUGACUGUAGUUUUCUUCACGUAGAGCGUAUUGACGGAGAGCGAUGACAGUGACUGCAGAUAAACUGGAGACGAGAAAUCCACGGAUAGGCUUUAAGGUUUGACAACAGCAGGCGGUGGUGCAUUGGUGUUCUGCUACAGGCCACAGUGAGGUUUUUAUGGUGAAUGAUAGAGACGGAGCUUAGAAGCAGCUGGAGGUUGUAAGUGAUGCCAAGAUGUUGCUGUCCCUGGGAAUGUUGAUGUUGUCUGCAACUCAGAUUUACACCAUCUUCACUGUUCAAAUCUUCGCCUUCCUUAACCUGCUGCCAGUGGAGGCCGACAUCGCUGCUUACUCAUUUGACAACAAAACAGAGAACUUUGACGACGUUCCUGCAAGGUUUGGCUAUCGUCUCCCCAGUGAUGGACUAAAGGGCUUUCUGAUCAGUGCAAGGCCUGAAAAUGCAUGUGAACCCAUUGAGCCCCCGCCGAGGGAUAACCUGACAGGAGCCUUCAUCGUCCUCAUCAGGAGAUACGACUGCAACUUUGACAUCAAGGUCCUUAACGCCCAGAAGGCUGGAUACAAAGCAGCCAUUGUUCACAACGUGGACUCUGACGACCUAAUUAGCAUGGCAUCCAGUGAUAUAGUGGAAGUCAUGAAGCAGAUCGAUAUUCCCUCUGUGUUCGUGGGUGAGGACACAUCCAACUCUCUGAAAGAGGAAUACGCAUAUGACAAAGGAGGACAUGUGGUUCUUAUGCCAGACUUCAGCCUACCUCUGGAGUACUACCUGAUCCCCUUCCUCAUCAUCGCAGGAAUCUGCCUCAUCCUCAUCGUUGUCUUCAUGAUUACCAAAUUCUUCCAGGAUCGACACAGAGCUCGGAGAAGUCGCCUGCGCAAAGAUCAGCUCAAGAAACUCCCAAUUCACAAGUUUAAGAAAGGAGACAACUACGACGUCUGUGCCAUCUGCCUCGACGAGUAUGAGGACGGAGACAAACUCCGGGUCCUGCCGUGUUCUCAUGCCUACCACAGCAAGUGUGUGGACCCCUGGUUGACCAAAACUAAGAAGACGUGUCCGGUGUGUAAGCAGAAGGUGGUUCCCUCACAGGGAGACUCCGAUUCCGACUCGGAGGAGAGCGGCCAAGAGAAUGAGGAGGUGUCCGAGAGCACUCCUCUGCUGCGCUCCCUGGCCUCCACCAGCGCACACUCCUUCGGAACCAUGUCGGGAGCGUCGCGCUCAGAGCAGGACCAGGAGUCCUCGGAUUACGAGGACGAGGAGCUGGACAGCAGCGACAGCGAGGAGGAGGUGACGGUGGAGACGGUGGUGGUGCAGAUGCAGCAGCCCUGCUCUGAGGACCACGGCCUGGAGCCUGAUCUGCCCAGGGUUUGAUCAGCAGACUCUUGUGGAAGCCCACGCUUCAACACUCACAGCUGCGGAGACUUAUUUUGUUGUGAUUCGUCCUCCGAAUUCUUCUGUCGCUGCUUCAAAUACAUGGUAAUGUAUCUUUAAGUUCAAACACACACAAGCUUGACUUUUUUUAAAAUGUGGUUGUGGAUGAAGUUCAGAUCUCCACCUCAGUGAGUGAAUGUUGGACAGGAGUGUACAGUAGACGUCUGUACUGUACACCGUCCAGUCGUGACACAUGUAGUCCUAAUGGAAAAAAAAAGUCCUAAUCAUCGAGUGAAAUACUGUGUAUAUAAGUAUGGAUCACUUUACGUUGACAUGUUUACUCUUGAUUAUCUCUGAGCCUGUGUUUCAGGAGACUGCAGUAUUGUACAUACAUGUUCUGUCACCGCUCUGUGCAGCGUCUGUUUGGUAAAACUCCCAUCGUCAUCGUCGUCACUCAGCACGGUUUAAAAAAAAAAAAAGCAACGGCCCUGCCGUUCCAUUUCAGUUUGGACUCAUAAAGGAGGCGCCCCGCCCUCAUCUGUGCCACGGUUUAUGUCACUGUCACAGCUGCUGGAGACAAAGCAGGCUGAAGGAGGAAUGUUACUGGUCAUGUGACGUCACCCACACCCACAGUGGGUCACACCAGUUCAUCGACGCAACACAGUGACGACAGUGUCAGCUCUGCAGUGACCCACGGCUUCAUCUCACAGUUGUCCACCCAGAGGCCGGGUGUAGAAAGUGAAAACCAGUUCUAGUUGUAGCGCUAACACGCCUGUCGUCAUUAUAACGUACAGUAGCUCUGUCUUCGCUGACAGAUUCUGUUGCCUUUUUUUUUCACUUUGUUAUUAUUUUUGUCUGACUUUCUUUUUUUUUUUUCUCAAUAUAAAUCCAUCCAGUAAAAUAAAUAAAAACAAAAUGAUACUCAA